GAAAGAAUUCAAAAAGUAAAGAUUAAAAAAGUUUUACUUUUCGACAAGUUGCAAAAACUAUGACUCAAAUGUGGUGAUAGUUGCAAUUACACUGUUGAACUUUUGAUUGUAUAAAUUGGACCCUCAAACUUUUAUAAGUAUUACAAGAUAACAUUUUUGCUUUUAUAAACUUAAUAUUUACACAUUACAAAAAAUAAAAUGAUAUCCAAUGAAAUCCAAGUUGAUGAUUGUUUAUAUAUAUGUUUUUAAAUUUUUAUUAGGUAUCGUUUAAUUCCGGGACCGAUGGCUAUUCCUUUGCUUUCAGAGGAUGAUUAUCCACAAAUUCGAGGAUCACUUUGUGAUUAUGAUAUAUGGGUUACACCUUAUAAUCAAUCUGAAAAAUGGGCUGGUGGCAUGUACGUCGAUCGUGGACAUGGUGACAAGACCCUUACAUUUUUAACACAACGGAAUAGGGACAUCAACAACAAGGAUAUUGUGUUGUGGCACACAAUAGGGUUCCACCAUCAUCCAAGUCAAGAUGAAUUUCCAAUAAUGCCCACUCUCACUGGAGGCUUCGAACUUCGACCUACAAAUUUCUUUGAAAGAAAUCCUAUUCUCAAAAUGAAGCCUCAAUAAAUGUAUUAAAUAAUCCUUCUCAAACCUCAAAACGACAUCCAAUUUCAUGUACUACUCUUGCGUUUUGAGGAAUUUCUAGCUACCCUUUCAUUUUCCUUUGUUAUAAUAAAUUAUCUAUUUUUGAGGAUAAUGAAUAUGAAAUCCAGAUUAAUUAUCUCUA